UUUGUUACGUACUUUGCUCCCAUGUUGCUAAAAGUGGUGUUAGCUUUGGUAGCUGCAAGUGGCAGCGAUUGCUCCUGAGAGCCCAGGGAGCGUGCGAGGGGCUCACGCGUGUGUGCAAGGUGCUCGUGUGCAAGGUGCUGGCCGGUGGCAGCCAUCGCUGUUCCGCUCCCUGUUGCCCAUUCUCGUGGGUUUGAGGCCGAUCCCGUUGCCAUGGCAGCCCCCAAGCUGCCACGUCCCCAUCCCGUCACCCCCACAGCCCCGCACCGUGACCCCCCGGCACCUCCCGGGGUCUCGCAGCGGGACCGAAGCGGGGGCUGCGCAAAAUGACUUUUGAAUAGAGCAGGUUCCCUGCUCGGGCUGAGUCUGGGAAGUCGUAAUCUUAAUAUGAACAUCUUUAAAUAUCCUUACUAAUGGGCUCAUCCUUUAAUUUCCUGAAGCAAUGACAGUUUCAACAGACCCUAUAUCACGGCUAAGAUGGGAUCUGUCACCGAAUGGCUGAAUUAUAUUUCAUUCUUUAUUUUUAUCAGCUCCACUGACUUAUUUAUUACAUUUAGAGCCUCGGCCAGCUUUUGUCUGGCCUGCACUUUGCUGCUGCUCGUAGAGGAAAAAGCAAUAGUUUAUAAAGCCAUUUUCACAGUGUCCCCAUAAUUUUAGGCCAUGUCUGAGGCUUCAUUUUGAAUGAAACUGUGUAGAUAAACUGUUAUUCACGGUGAUGCCUGUGAAGUCCUUGGCAGCCCCCAGAGAACGCUGCCUGCUUAUAAAGGGCUUUCCCUCCGAUUUCUUUUUGAAGAACAAAGGGCGAUUUUCCCAUCUCCGCAGCAGCCCACGCGGCAGAUGCCGCUCAGGGCCUUAUCUUGCAGCUUUUGGUUUUGCUGAAAAUGUAAUAAAACCCCAAGCUGUGUGUGGCUGGAGCGGAGCCCCGGACUCGCUGCCCGGCCAGGAGCGGGUGGGUUUGCGGAAGUGGCUGUUCGGGGUCGUCCGGGGGGUGCGGAGGUGCCACGGCGCCCGGCUCGUCCCCGCGCUGCUCCCGGAGCCGGAUGAUCCCAGCCAGGCCUCGAGCAGCUGGGUGUCCUCAGCUCGGGGGUUCUCGAGCCAACGGAGCGUUUGUCCGUGUGGCCCUGGCCACGUUCCCGUGCUGCUGCGGGGUCGCGCUGUCCCCGCGAGCGAUGAGCAUCUUGUGGCGCCGGGACGGCUUGUGCCGUCUGCGAGCGCCGGGCAGCUGGGGCAGCGCGGCAUGGGACGGGCUGCCCGAAAAUGCCCGUGGCCUCCAUGAAGAUGCUGUUUUGGGGACAGGGAGUUUUCCAGGCAGCAGGGGAGAGCAGGAAGGAGCCGGGGGAGCAGAGGCGAAGCACACGAGCAGCUCCAAGAGCUUCUCCCGAGCCCCAGCAAGUGCCAAAGUUAAUACGUUUAAUGUAUUUUGUGCGCGCCAUGCCAGCCAUUAGAAAUGUGCUUGUUCUGUCAUUGCUCUGAGGCGGCCGCGGCAAAGCAUUUGUCCUCUGAUUGCAUGGGGAAAAAUUAGAGUGCCCUGAGCUGAAAUGGUCAGCCAAAAAUAACAUACAGCUUCAUCCUUGGGAGGAAAUUGGGCAUUGAUUGGAGGACAGAAGUUCGGCGCAAUACUUAAAGCAAUGUGACAUUCCCAUGCGUUAGGGCAGUGUGCAAGGUAGGCGGAAUUCGGGCCAUAAAUCACCGGUCCCUGGCCGUGCUCCUCGCAGGGCUUUGCCCGCGGUGGGACCGAGCGGCUCUGGCCUCCCGUGUCCCGGUCCCCGCUCGGCGCGUCAGCCCCGGCCUGUGCCGAGGUCACCGCGAGGAGCGGCUGUAAAACCUGGAGCGGGGAGAUGAUGGGAAAGCUGGUACAGUCAUUGUCACACCCUGAUUGAGCAGUCGUGGGGGAGGCGAUGGAGCCAAUUAGCUUUGGCGUGAACGCCAGCCCCACGGAUCUCUGCCCGCUCGGCGGCAGGUGGGUGGGACGAGGCAGACGCGGGAGCUGCCGACGUCUGUAGGUGUGUGGGGUUUGCAUCAGCAGGGCGCUUCCAAGGCUUUUCAUAUUAUUAACAACCUCCUUAGCGAGCGUUCGUAUUCCUUCAGUUCCUAUGCCAAGGGAUAUUAAAAGGGAAAAGAAAGGCAAUUUCUGGCUUAGGUAAUUAUGAGAUUGCUUCUGUUGCUGCUGACACAACGGUGGGAGUGUCUGAGCUCCAUUGCUUCCCGGAGGAAGGCUGAGCACAGACCAGGGGAGGAGCUGUGCCGGGGGUCCCGCUGGCGCGGGCUGUGCCAAGGGGUCCCCCAGCACAGCGGUGCCCGGGCCAGGAUGCUCUUCCUGGGGGAGAAGCCGCCCGGUCCCUUCAGCCGGAGGCGCUUUCCCCAUCACAGCCUGUGCAAACCAUGAGGCAUUCCUCUCAGCCCUAUGAAUAUUUAAAGUCACUUGCAGAAUCUCAAGGGCUCCCUAUCUGCCCUUCUUAGGGACAGUAAUGAUCUCUGAAUAUGAAAUAAGGAAUGAUUAUAACACAUGCAUCCCUUUAAUAAUGAGUCGAAUCAUUCCUGUGCUUGGUGGCAGAAGUUCUCUGGAAGUUUUCCGUCCUCCGUGAGCCGAAGUGAUUUCCCUGCUCCCGCUGCCUCGCCGGGCGCUCUCCACCCCUGCUCCGCUCCGUCCAUCGACAGGAACAGCGUCCAGUUCCUCUCCCUGUGUUAUUCUGGGCUGUGCUAAAAGGCGUUGAGAGGUCUCUUGGUUUUCACUGAAUUGAUUUUACUGUGGUUUUAAUUGGCAAAAGGGGGAUCAAGCUCCAGCUCUCGGGUAAUAAGGGCAUUGUCUGUAGCUUAUUUAUGUUUUCCCAUUUAAAGUGCAUUGGCUUUUAUCUCAUUGCGUUUUCCUCCUUCACAUAACUCACUCGUAAUUACCUGUUCUCACACGAAUUGAAUGCUUCCACUUUAUCAGCUGGGUUUUUAAAAGGCUGCUAAUAGCAGAGAUGCCAGAGGGUGAUGGGAGUCGUGGUCCGAGGGGACGUCAUCAGGUCCCCAGCUCUUGUGGUCGAGGGGACAUUGUCAGGUCCCCAGUUCACAUGGUCAAUGGGACAUCAUCGGGUCCCCAGCUCUCAUGGUCUAAGGGGACAUCGUUAGGUCCCCAGCUCUUGUGGUCCGAGGGGACACUGUCAGGUCCCUGGUUCACAUGGUCAAUGGGACAUCGUCAGGUCCCCAGCUCACGACACGAACUGCCGGCAGCAGCUGUGGAGCCGCCAGGAAAGGCUCAGAGCUCCUAUUUCAGAGCAAACUUCCCAACUCCAGCAGUAACUUGAGGAAUCCCCAGGCACGUCCAAAGACGUAGAGCCAAGAGCUCCAUUCCCUAAGCUUAUAUAUAUAUAUAUAUAUAUAUAUAUAUGUAUAUAUAUUUAGACAAAGGAGAAGAAAGGAGCUUAUGACUAAACAUCACCAUGGCCUGAAGAGCAUGGCGGUAUUUUAGACUGCUGCCUGCUAUCUUUGGACUCUGACUCUCUGAUGAGUAACAAAAUAUUUGCUUUUUUUUCCCUUUAUGGGUCUGCCAUUUCGCUGGCACAAUCCUGUCCUAUUGACCUGAAGAACCUCAAUUUCAAAGCUAUUAAAACCUAAUUUUCUAUACCAGGCUCCUGAGACAGGCACUAACUUCAUAGAAUAAUUCAUUUCUUCCCUCUAAAAAAAGAGAAAGAAGAACCGAGAGGGAGGCGCUGGAGCGGCUGUUUGCGGCGUCUGCUGCUGGCACUGUCGUGUCCUUCCCGGAGAGCGGCAGGGACGCGCUCGGGUAAUCGCCCGUUCGGUGGCCGGAGCCUUGCCCGUGUUUGCACGAGACGACUGCGGCUCGCUGACAACCGCCCGCUGCUCCUGCGAGGGUUCUGGGGGGUGAUGCAGUUUUGGAGCCGCGGGGUGAGUCAGUUCGGCACCGCUGCCACUCCCCGUGCCGAAAUACCGAUGUGAUGGGAGAGACUGGCACGGCAGAGCUGUGAUCCUGAGGGGGAUGCGCUUGCCCGGGCCAGUGGGUUGUGGAGGCUGAUGCCAACUCUGCUGCUCGCUGGUUUCACCACUGACCAAAGCGCAGGAGGUGGAAAACGUGCCAUUUUCUGGGGCUGGCGUCUGCUGUCGGUUACCGGUACCUGCUGAUGGAGCAGGUGCCCAGGGCUCAGUUCGCAGAGGAGCACGGGGAGCGUUGGGGUCCAGGGCAGAGCUGGGGGUCGUGUCCUGGCAGCAAACUGAGCAGAACAAGUCGAGAACUUGGGGGCUCCCCAUUCGGGUCCUGGAAAAGCGGUGGGAAAUGGUGGGGGCUGGGCUGGGCUGUGGCGGGGCCGUGGGGACAGCCCGGUGUCCCCCCCGCUGCAAACCCGCGGCUGGUCCUGCCCCGCCAGCCGCCGCUUAACGUUCUCAGUCGUGAUAACACUUUGUUGGAUAAGUGCUUUUUAAACCCUACAGAUAGAUAGAGUAUCUGGAGUGGCAUUUUAAAAGAGAAAAUUGAGACAAGAUUCAUUACAGGCACCAGUAAAUGUCAAACAUUUUAUCAACUGUGUAAAGUGCCGUGUUAAGCUGUCUUUUCCCCCCAAAGCUUGAUUAAAACUAUAAAUGCCUUUUUAAUAUUAAUAUUAUUCUCUUCCCCGUGCUGCUUGUUUGGUUAUUUGCGAUGGCAGGAAAGGGCUGGUGGCUGGCGGGGGAUGCGGGCAGGGGAUGCGGGCAGGGAUGCUCGGUCCUGGUGAUGGGGGUGCCUGGUUGGGGCUGCCCAGAGGGUGAACUGCUGCCCCCCCACCCUGUCCUGGGCUGACCCCCCCCACUGUGGAACCCCUGUCCCCAGGCCACCUUUGGGACUCCUGCUCCAAGCCUCUCCCGCACCACCUCUCUGGUACCAGGAGAGCCGUCGGGAGCAGGGCCUUCUCGCUAAGCUGUAUUUAAUUAAAAGCUGGCUCUUUGUUGCGUGUGCUAAUUAGCAGUCUUUGCUUGGAGGCUCAGACUCAAUCAAUAUCUAAAUCCGUGGUCUAAAUCUAGCACAACAAUAAAUAGCUGCGCAGGCAGUUUCAGGAGGAUCCCAGAGCUGCUGUUGUUCUCUGCAGUGUGGGGGCAGCACCGGGGGCUGCGUCUUCCCCCAGGGGCUCCCUGAAUUGGCAGGAGAUGUGCCCAUCAUGUGCACACCAGAACGUGCAGGAAAGCUGCUCUUUCGUGUGCACACCUGGGCGCACCUCGCUCGCGGGGCCCUUGAUUCCCCUAAAACCGCCUGCACGGGUCCCAUGGCCUCACCGCAAACUUGUAAAUGAACUUUGAAUACCUGCUGCUGUGUUGAAUCUGCAGGCUCGUCCUCAGAGAUCAGCGCUGGACUGAAAAUGAUGCGGUUAAGCGGUGGAUCCGUCAGCAGGUGCUUCUGAUCUGCCCAUCAGCUCUCAGGACGCUUGGCCUCCUGUGUAAACACCGUUCAGCAGAGUCACUUAGACAUGUAAAUCGAGACAAAAAGGGAUGCGGAGAGCAGCCCAGUGAGUGUUCGGCGGUUGCUCUGUUGUGAUCAAAUAGGCAUUGAACGGUAGCGGCCAUGACUGGGCGCUCUGCGGGGAUUCGGUCCCGGUGGCUCUGCCUCCAGGUGCUUUAUGAAUGAGGGAGCUGGAACCACAUUGUCACUGGACAGCCGGGGGGUUUGGGGUGCCCUGGUCUCCUGCCCGGUGCUGGUGGCAGCGGGCACGUCCCCAGUUGCACCAAGGGGUGUCCUGGAGAGAGGGACACGGGACAGAAAACACUCUUCAGGGACAGCGUCACCCCUGCGUCGGCACUGGCGCUAACCUGCACGUUAAACUGGAAUAGCAGGGACUCUUAAACCCCAUCCCAAGAGCACCACUGGCGUGGAUUAGAACCAGGUAUUUAACUACCAUAGCAGGAUUUGUAUUUGGUUUCUGGGUCCGGGCUGGGAGCGGGAGGUUCAUGCGAGCACAGAGAAGAUGGAUGGUUGGCAACUCCUGUCCGAGCGGUCCUACAAAUCACCUGUGAGUCACAGUUAUAUAAAGCUUCUUAUAUACUAAACAAUCUUGUUAAUAACAGCAGAAGUGCAGGGUCUGGUGUAAUCCAGCCGGUGUGACUAACUGGCUUUAUAGGCUCCUGGUGCAGAGGCACAGAGAUUCCCCAGAUGGUACAGGAACUGAUUUCCACAGCAGUGAUUCUGCCCUGGAGAAGGAGAAGGGGCGAUGCCGUGGGAAUGGCCUGGCGUCAUCUAUCUAUUUGGUUUUGAUUGGCUUUCCCAGAGUCUCAGUCCAACCAGCCCACGCUGGCACAGCCUGAUCUAACACACACAGUCCCUUUGGUUCCUCCUGGUCCCUCGGCCAGUUUGGGGACAGCGGUUUGGGGACCUGCUCGCUGUCCCUGGUCCUCCCGUUGCCACUAGACCCUCCUGAGCUGCAGUGCCGUAGGUCACCCUCUCCUGCAGCCUUUUGAAAGUGUGAAGAAGGGGACGACUGUGCGAGGUGGCGUUUCCACGCUGGGUACCGCAACACAUGCUCGUCGCAGAGGGACUCGGGCGGCUCGGGUACCGGCAGCAGGUAGCGCGGCGUGUCGCGGCUGCUCCCAGACCUCACCCCAUCUGCCAUUUCUCUUUCCCUCUUUAAAACGCCGCUGGACGCUCCGGGAGGGCCGGCUGCCCUCUGUAAGCGCGGGAGGGGCCUCACAAAGCUUCCUCCCUUCCAAGGCUUAUUUAAUCAAAAACCAGUUUUAUGGGGCACACGCUAAUUAUAACUUUUUAGCCCGGAGGAUCAAAAUGAACUUGUUGCUUGUAAUUCUAUAAUUCAAAUCUACUGCAAUUAGAUUGGAUGCUCAGAAGUUUUCAGAAUAAUUCAUCUAUAUAAAUGUGCUUUACCAAGUUGGUUUUUUUUCUCACUUGAAAUUUUUUGUGUGCUUGUAUGCAAAGGAAACUGCCUGAGGAUGGUUCUUGCAAGAAGUAGGGAUGCUGGUUCUUGAAACUAUGAUGCUGGUGAGCAGUAAUAAUUAUCCCUGUUUUUUAAUAGCGCGGUGUCAGAUAUCCCGAGCGGUGCGGGAGGGGAAACCGCCCCGGGAAGCACGAAGCCGUUUGUCUGGUGCGAGCGGCAGCGGUUUCCCACGGGGUUUGGUGCUUUCCUGGGAGGCGCGUAGGCUGCGGGAUCCAGACCCGAUGGAAGGGGAAGGUGGGAGAGGCCAUUAGUCCCUUGUUAACGACCCGCCAGAACUUUCCCUCUGGCAGCUCCGGCAUCCCGGCAGCGAGGAAGGGGACUUGGGGUUUGUUGGGUUCAGGGGGUGCGGAGCGCUGCCUGGCCCAGGUGGCCUCUGCAUCGCUGGAUUUGGGGUUUGUUGGUCUCAGGGGGCACCUGGCCCAGGCGGCCUCUGCGUCGCUGGAUUUGGGCAGAACAGGGAAACCAGAAGGAAAAAAAUGCACUAGUCCAAGUUUGAAGUGGAAAACAGCAACACUGAGUUUAUUCUGGAGGAGCUUGUGGCAGCUGCUGGGGUGGAGCAGAUGGGAUCUGGCAGAGGAACGUGUGGCCACGUCCACACUGACCCUCCCGGCAGCUCCGGCGCGUCCGCACGUCCGACGGCAGCUGGAAACCCGCGGCAUUGCACAAGGGCAGCGGAGUUUCGGCGGUCUGAAGGUGAGCCGUGACCCACGAUCAUCAGCACGGUGCUCCACAGCUCUAAAAAUAGAGCGUCGCCAACGGAGAAAAGGUAUUUUUAGAAAAGCUGGUUACUGGGGCCGACCUCACGGCGUCACCGCAGCCGCUGCUCGGAGCCCGCCUUUGAUUUCCUUCUGCUCAUAAGUUUUAUCAAGUGCCAAGAAAGAGCUGCUGCGUGCCCAUGCACAGCAGCACCCUGCACGUCCCCACCGCAUGUCCCCGUCCCAUCCAGGGCUGCCAGCAGCAACUAACGAGCUGCUGUUAAUCAGGUGCGGGAGCCCCAGGAGAUGCAAUUACCCCUGACUUCACUCGAGGCAUCGCAGUGACGCCUGGCUGGAACCGUUAGAAAACCCGACCCAGUGGGUUGUGCACAUGGCGUGUAACACACCAAGGGAACGCCCCCGGCAGGUUAUUGACCAGAAUCGCUGCUCGAAGGGACUCUGAAUGUGGGGAAGUGGGUAGAAAUGAUGAGCUCCAGCUAGAAAUCCACUCAGAGCGGGUGCAUGAGGUGUAUUACUCUUCUUGUAAAUGCAAAAAGACAAGUAUCUUCUCUUGCUCCUGGCUGCAGCAGACGGCGCACGGCAGCUCCGCCGCGCCUCCCUGACGAGGACGGAAACCGCCUCGCAUGUCUCUUACAAGUACCCAAAUCAAUGCCAUCCUUCACUGGAAGUGGCACAUCCAACUGCUCCCCAAAAGGUGAACGUUAACACUCUGGUUUAUGCUGUUAGACCCGUGCUCUGGCCUGGGGCCUGCAGAGACGGGGCGAUGGAGGGGGCUCGGUACCCCCGCCCAUCCCGCAGCAUCGCUGUGGGAAACCCCAGCGAUGGUUGUGCCACCACAUCAGGUCGCUGUCUCGGAGCGUUUCAAUGCGAGAAGAGGAGAGAUAAAUCUUCCUGGAUGCAGCCUCAUUAUCUGUGUGGCAUUUAAGCAUAAUUUAUGCCCGACGCCUCGCCACUUCUCUGGUAGGAAAUUGCAUUGCUGGUUCCCCUGCUCGCGGCUUCUCCGGCAACUGUGUCAGAAAUAUUGAAAUAGAUCGAUGUGACUUGAGUUCCCUCUGCAUUUUUAUUGCCGGUUUAUCGAGGCGGGCACGGCACCACAUGAGUUAUGUUGGCAGGAGGAGGACGGCGAAGGCGCGGUGGUCUGGCUGCCCUCACUGGCACUAGAAAGGGGUUUGGGCGUCUCAGCACUCCCCGCUGCCCACACCAGGGAUUCGGCUGAACCCUCUGCGCCUCGGCUUUUCCUUCUGGUUUUUUAAUGGCAUCCUGAUUGGGGAACCAGCAGAAUCUGUGAAAACAAAAGGAAAACAAACAAACAAAUUAAUGAGCAGCGUCAGGGGAAGACAAAAGCGUUUCCUGGCCAGCGGCCUUGGCAGGGGUAGGAAAUGGUUUGGUGCUGCGGAGCUGCCAGCCGGGAAGUCAAGUGCUGGGAGCCGCAGGCUCCGCUCAGCCUUUUGGUGCCGCAGGCUCCGCUCAGCCGGUUUGGUGCCGCAGCCCUCGCGCCGGGGCUUGGAGCUUCAUCCCCAGACCAGCCUGCUUGGGAACUCUGACUCGUGUGUCAGCGAGAGGGACAACGGGCUGUUGUGUGGACCCACAGCACAGCCCCUCUGCUCACGGCCAGCCGGCACACACCGGCAUCCUCGGCUGGCGGGCACCAGCGCCCUCAGCCUGUGCCGUGCUGGCGGAGCAGGGGCAGCGGGGACAGCGGCCUGAGAAGGCGGCAAACACGGCCAGGUGCCCGCCCAAACGUGAGGGCAGCCGGGACAGAGCCAGGCUGGGCAGAGGUGACAGGUCCCCACAACUGUUCGUGCACACUGUUUGUGUGUGGUUUGGGUGGCAGUCCUGGUUUAACCGCCAUCCUCUGCAUGUGUCCCCGUACGGUUUGGGGCAUCAGCGUUCUCACCUUUGUGUUUGAUUUCCUCUGCCCGGUGGAUGUUUUGGGGCUGAAUGCUUUGGCUUGUUCUCGCUUUGGGGUUGUUGGGCUUCUCCUGCCCGCAGGGAACGGGUCCAUCCGGAAGCUGGCGCAUCCUGGCGUGCGGGCAGCCAGGGCGCUCGGCUGCGGCAUGAGUGACUGACUGCACACAGCGAAACGCUGAUCCCGUCGGGAGGCAUCUCGAGCUAAUGAAGACGUUUCCCCUCUAUCUGCGCUAUCUGGACGGCUGGCAGAGCUGCCGAGCAGCGAUCCUCCCGCUCCAGGCGGGCUGAUGGGAUUUGCACCGCUCCCAGUUGCCAUGGAGAAAGUGUUGGAUGGCUUUAAUACAUCUCUCUGAAUUUCUCCCCGGAGUUUUCCCGUGACAAGCUGGACUGGAGCCUGUGUGGGUGAGCACGGUGCCCCUCACAAAAAGGUGGGGGAAUGGGCAUGAGAAAUGGCGGCGACGUGAGCUGAGCCAAACGGACGGCAGAAGAAAAAUCGUCCUCGCGAAGGUGCCGGCGUCAGCCUGGCAGGGGAGGAGGAGAAGGAUGGUGUCGGGAGGAGGAGAACACGAAAGGCUCUGUUGGAAUGGCACCUGCGCAGGAAAUAUGGCCCCAGAAGACAAUGCUGGGGGAUGUCAGAGGGGAUGGGAGAAGCCGGCGAGCCGGAGUGCGGGUUGGAGGACGCAAACACCAACAGGCACCUGUGCUCCUCUGGAGUUUGCUGCCCAGUGCCGGCCGGUGAGAGAUGGGGGUCUGCAGCCCCCCCGUCGUGGAUGUGGGGAGUGGAGUCCAUUCCAGGGGGUGCACUCCGGAGCCAACGGCACCGCGGGAUGGCAUGUGCCAGGUCCCAGCUCUGCCGGCGGAUGCUGUGCCGCGGAACGCCGCGGUCCCCGCUCCCAUGCUGGUGCUGGAAGGAAGAGACAGCCAUUGCAGCACCUCACAGGGCUGCCGCCCGCUUCGUCUGCUGGAACCUCCGCCUCCACCCGGAAAUGUGCCGUUUCCAUUCCAUCUCAAGCUCUUGCCGGUGCCCAGAGCAGCCCAAGACAGGACAGGCGGGCCCUGCGGAGCGCACAGGCUCUCAGGACUGACUCGGCUCCGAGGUGUUCACAGACGCGCCCUGUGACCAGCUCCACGUGCUCAGUCCCGCCGAGCGCACCCCAGUCUGGCUGGGAGAAUCAGCCCCCUGCCGAGCCCCGCGGUGCCGGAGCCUCCGCGGCUCAGUCCCCAGACCCGGGAGGUCUCGGCUGACCGGCGCUGUUGGAUCUACCUCGCUUGUGCCAUCUGAAGAUCUCCAGAUCCGGGCAUCAAAAGCCGGAGCAUUUCUCUGGCGCAGCCAGGCUGCGCUGUAUCGCAAACACCCCGCGUUACUGGAACCGCGUGUCGUAGGUGCAGCACGAGCCCCUCUGUGGGUGAAACGGGGCACUUUUAGGGGCAAGCUCCAGCCCCUCUCAGAGUGUUUUCUGCCGUAGAUUUUAUAGCUCUUGCUAUAAACCUCCGAUGGGAAGGGUUGCGUUCUGCUCUUUGCAUUUGCACUGCCCUGCCCGUAGCUGCCGGACUCUGCGCUAAAUCCAAUAUCGUAAUUCAUGAUAUUCGGGAGGGAGGUGUUGCCCAGGAGAAGGUGGGUUCAGUAUUUACCUCCAGGGAGGACAGUCCCUCAAUAAGCCGCCAGCAGAGCGUCGCUGCUCGUGUCCCUCCAUGCUGCCGCUUUGCAAAACCUUUUGCAGUCACGGAGUUUUCUCUCCUUUGCCUUGUAAAAGCUGGGCAGCGUUGUUUAUAUCCUCACGCCUUGUCUCUGUAUGGAGGCAUUUUUGUAAAGAUCUGAAGGAAAACUGGAAUUGAUCAUAAUGGUUUGCCCCUGGCAUGAAUCACCACGUACAAAAAGGAAACGCUGCUCUCCACGGCUCCUCUUGGAGGCCACGUUAAUGACUUUCCAUGGUGCAGACCCGACAUCUCGAUGGGAGGCAGCCAGGCAUCAGAGAGAAUGAUGGGGAACGUAAUGAAUCAUUUGUCUUCCCUGCAGAAGGAAGAGUGGCAGUGGGAAAACAGGCUCUUAACCCUUCAGCGACCACCGCCGCUCGUGCUCCCGGGGCCCGGACGGGCGGAGAAAAGGGGAAAGGGAGCGCAGGAGAUGGAUGAGAGGACGUCGCCGUGCUGGAGAGGUUUCGUAUGUAAAAUGGCUGCAGGCUCGCUGUCAGAACAACCUGGAUGUCAGCUAUUGCUUAUUUUGCUGCUGACGAUAUAGUGCCACAUAGGAAUUAACUUUCUCAAUAACAGUAAUGAAGUGCAUUUGGCUUUUUGUGCAGCAUCCUUCACCUGAGGUCCUGGGGAUGCUGCGGGCAUCUCGCUGCUGCCGCCUGAUGCAACAGGUUCCACUGCCCAACUUUGGGCUCCACUGCCCAACCUUGGGCUCCACUGCCCAACUUUGGGGCUCAGCGCUGUUUUUUGAACAGCGAGGGAAGCGCGGAGCACGGGACCCACACCCUUAGCCGCGACCACAAACAAAUGAGUAACUAGAGCACGGAGCCCCCCCAGACGCAGAGCCCGGCUCCCCGAAACCCAGACUGUGACGGACCAGCCCUGCUCCAUUUAAUUGGAAAAUUUAAUUCAAUUUUUUAAAAUGGCAUGAAAUCUGUGAGGAUUUUACUCGCUGUCAACCAGACUGACCUGGGGGAGGGGCAGCCUGGGCUGAUCCCGUACAGGCAGACAGGAGGUCCCGUUCGCGCCCUCGGUGCCGGGGAUGCUCCGUGGCUUUGGUGAUGGUGACAGAGCGGGGACGGCGGAGGGACCGGUCAGCGCUGCAACUUCCCGACGUGCCGGAAUAAAUCACCCGCUCUCCUUUAAUCAACUCCGCUCCUUGUUUCCUGUUGAGUGAAUUAAAAAGCUUUCAGCGGCACAUACAAAUUGCGGACCAGCCUCAUGACUGAUAAACGUUCCUUUUGAACUUCAGCACAAUAGGAGAGCCGAUUAAACUUUUAACAUUUUUAAUCAUAUAAUUUAUUUAAAAUGUAUUAGCUGAAAGAAAAUAAAGGGAAGAUUUUUUCUUUAUUAUUUUCUUAAGAGGAGUUGGCGUUCGAGAUGGAUAACGGGGCCCAGCAAGCUCGCCUCUGCCGUCACAUUCAAACCAGUCCUGCAGCUCGGCCUGAAACUGCCGCCCUUCCGUGAAAUCUGGGCCUCAGCUGGGGGGAAUGUCCCCGUUUGGCAGCCAGACGGUGUUGACAGCCAUGGAAAAUCCACACCAAGUGCAGCGGUGGCACCGGCUCGUCUCCCGUCCCGUCAGUUCCGACAGCGUCCCGCACGGCCGGGUCCUGUGCGGCCCCGUUCUCGGGGUGCGGAGCAGGAUGCUGAGCAGCCGCCCCCACAUCCCUCACCGCCCUGUGGUAAUCGAUACCCCUGCCAACUACAAUGCCAAUAGCGUUAAUGCUCGAUAAAUGGCAGGCAUAAAACCGAGCUGUUGUGCUGCUCAAAGAAAUUGAAUUAAAGGUGAGCAGAAGGGAUUCGUCACUUGGCCGCGGCUGCCGGAGCCGCCGGGUCCAGCCCCAUCAAGGACCUUUCGGCUUGUGCUGGUAACGUGGGCGAAGAGCUGCGUCCGACCCCCAAACCCGCACAGCCCCAGCACCCCCUGCCCCGCAUCAGGGCAAAUAAAGGGAUGCUUGUCUUUGCAAACUUUUUAAUUGCAGGCAGCUUUUGUUGCGAUGGACACGUAUUUAUGUCUGAUUAUUUUUCCUAACGCAUCUGUGACACAAUCAGGGUUUCCUCUGCACGCACAGGAAGAUUUUCUUCAUCAGUUAUUAGACUUCAGCCCCCGAAGAGCAAAUUAGGGGACAUGAAUAUGCAAAUCUAAUGCUUCUAAACUGAUAGCACCAGCGCUUCCUCCGGAGGAUCGAAGCUGCGGUGACAUUUGGCUUCCAACUCUUUGCAUUCUGGGGGUGGGGUUUAUACUGUCUUUAAUUUGUUUUUUCGCAUUGGAGAGAGCUAAAAAUAAAACUUGCACCAAA